AUGUCACCCUCAUCCAGAGGUCUCACGUACCGAUGGAAACUUUUAUUCGGAAUAUGCAUACUCUUCUCCCUGUCAGGUAACGCAGUGCAUGCCUCAGACGCAGACUCCAAUUCGUCUUUACUAUGGGGUCCAUACAGACCCAACCUGUACUUCGGUGUACGACCGCGACUCCCAAAGAGUUUGACCACCGGCUUGCUCUGGGCGAACACCGACAGCUACACCUCGGCCCAGACCAAUUUUCGACACACCUGCGAGCAACAUGAGGGCAUGGCUGGCUAUGGUUGGGAAGAGUACGAUGCCCGCAAUGGCGGUCGCGAAGUCAUACAUGACACUGGGAAUAAAAUAGACCUUACAAUUGAUUUUAUCAAGAUUCCUGGAGGGCAACACGGUGGGAGCUGGGCGGCAAGAGUAAGGGGAGUACCUCGAGAAGACGCGCCCGCAACCCUGGUCACAACCCUGGUCUUCUAUGCGGGCAUGGAGGGCCUCGGGGAACUUGCGUUUACAUCGGAGGAGCCGGACGCUGAAGGCUUCGUGACUAUCCAUGGCCAGACUGCUGAUCUUGGUGAAUUUGACCUCACGUUCACCGAAUCACCGGAGAAUAUGCUCCCAUACAAAACUCACCCCGCAUGGGACAAAAAGCCCGUUGAUCGGCCACUCAUGGGCAGCGUGCAAAUACCAGCUGAUGCGAUCUGGCAGGCAAAGAAUAUCAUGUUUGCCAGCCUGAAACAACAGGUCGAUUCCUACGUCCAGGAAUAUGGACAAGAAAACAUGCCCCCGCCGUGGCAGACGUUUACUAUCAUUCAAGAUCCUGGCCCAGGCAAUUUCCACAUGGUCCAGAAAGUAUUUGUUGGUGCCUUCGAAUUUGACAUCCUGUUUAGCUCGGCCUCUGGACCCACGGUCACGUCGGACAGCUUGACAAAGGCAAUAUCUAAAACGUCAACGACCUUUCAAUCCAAGUUUAAGGAGAUUUUCAAGCCACUGGCUCCCUUCACCAACAAAAAGUUCACCGCUCUCUCCGAGUCCUUGUUCUCUAACUUAUUCGGUGGCAUUGGCUAUUUCUACGGCGACUCGUUGGUGGAUCGAUCAUAUGCUCCAGAGUACGAUGAGGACAACGAAGGCUUCUGGGAGGAGACAGCCCAAGCUCGAGCUCGAGCCGAAGUUGUCAAAGAUCCAGCUGUGGAGCUCUUCACAAGUGUACCAUCACGGCCCUUCUUUCCUCGUGGCUUCCUGUGGGACGAGGGCUUCCACCUCAUUCCAAUCAUCGAGUGGGAUCUUGAUAUCACUCUUGACGUUGUCAAAUCUUGGUUCAAUCUGAUUGACACCGAUGGCUGGAUUGCCAGAGAACAAAUCCUUGGACCGGAAGCACGGAGUAAAGUCCCAGCAGAGUUCCAAGUCCAAUACCCUCACUACGCCAAUCCACCCACCUUGUUCCUCAUCAUUGACACGCUGAUCGAGAAGCUGGAAGCAGGAUCUUUCUCCUCCGCAGAGGCGGAGCGAGUCAAGACGGAACUCCAACAGUUAUACCCUCUGCUCAAGCGCCAGUACAACUGGUUCCGGAAAACUCAAUUUGGAGAUAUCAAGUCCUAUGACCGGGAGGCCUUCUCGACGAGGGAAGCCUACCGGUGGCGAGGCCGCACACCACAGCAUAUCCUGACCUCCGGCCUGGAUGACUACCCGCGACCUCAACCACCGCACCCUGGCGAGCUCCACACCGACCUCAUCUCCUGGGUCGGGCUGAUGGCCAACACACUCUCCCGGCUUGCACCACUGGCCUCCGAAUCGGACGACGCCCCAGACUAUACCUCCCAACACAAAGCUAUCCUCCGCAACAUCGACGAUCUGCACUGGUCCUCCGAAAACAAGGCGUACUGCGACGCGACCAUUGACGACUACGAGGACUCCGUGCACGUCUGCCACAAGGGCUAUAUCAGCCUGUUCCCCUUCAUGACGGGGCUCCUGCCACCGAACCACGCAAAUCUGCCGCACAUCCUCAACUUGAUCCGCGACGAGAACGAGCUAUGGUCCGACUACGGGAUCCGCUCGCUCUCGAAGUCCGACCCCUUCUACGGCACGGAGGAGAACUACUGGCGCUCGCCCAUCUGGGUGAACAUGAACUACCUGAUCCUGAAGAACCUGCUGCGCGUCGCGCUGGCAGACUCGGCGCCGGCCAAGGUCAAGACCCAGGCGACCAAGAUCUACACCGAGCUGAGGACGAACCUGGUGACGAACGUCUUCAACGAGUGGGAGCGCACCGGCUUCGCUUGGGAACAGUACAACCCUGAGACGGGCGCCGGCCAGCGCACCCAGCACUUCACCGGCUGGACGAGUCUCGUCGUUGUCAUCAUGCGCAUGCCUGACCUCGCCAAAGAGGCGGGCAUCAAGCAUAGCGAGCUGUGA